AUGGACAAGCGAUUCAAGUGGCCGCACAACCAGAAGGGCAACUGCUCGGAUCCGCCCUACCACCACAAUUCGUCGCGGGGCUAUCCCAAGAAUCCGCACCUGCACCAGCAGCACUCACAUCCGCAUCCGCACGCUGGUCCAACCAGUAGCUACUACAAGCCACAGCCGCCACCGCCGCCCCAAGAGCGUAGUGGCGGCGGGGCAAUGGCACCGCCCUCGUCCGGCGGAACAGCUAGCACCGAUGUAGUUACGCUUAUCGUGGAAAACAACAAUCUGAAGCGUAUGAUUAUGCUGCACCUGAACCUCAUGCAGGAGCAGACGGACAAUUUGGAAGCCAAGGACAAGGAGCUGGAUGAGCAGAAUUCAAAGCUAAGCAAGGUUCUGGUGCAGAAUCAGGACUUGAAGCUGGCCAACGCGAAGCUGGAGGCCACCAUCGAGGAGCUCCGCAAGCAAUUGCGAAAAAAGAACAAGCGGACGAAUGACGACGACGAUGAUGAUCACUCACUGCCACCCUCCGCUGGCUCGCAGCAGAAGCUUCUCAUGCAUGCCGAAACGCAGACUGAGCUUGUGAAGAGCGCUCCCCAGCAGGUCCAACAAAUGGAGGAGCCGUAUCCACAGCAGGAGCAGCUGCCGAGGAUCAGAAUGCAGGAGGAGCAGAUGGAGGAGGAGCUGGAGGAAGAGGAGGCACAGUUGAUACAUAAAACGGGUCAUAAGGUUGCCGGUUCCACGAAUCUUGCCCCAGCCAGCAAGCCCUUGGAAAGCAAAGCCCGCGGCGAGUUCAAUGGCAAAAAGGUGAGCACUAUAUUUCUGCAUCGCGUGAAUCAGGACUCCAGCCUCACGUCCUCCAAGUACGACGUCCACGAAGAAAGUCAGGUGAGACAGCACACGGAGGAGGAACAGCAGCAGCAGAAGCUGGAGGAGGAGCAGCUGCAGUUGCAGUUGCAGGAGAAGUUGGAAGAGCAGGAUCAAAAUGUCGUGGAAGAAGUUGUUGAAGAAGAGAUCUUUCACGAUGCUUUGGAACCCCAUGAGGUUGAGGUAGAGGUUGAAGCCGAAACCAUUGUGGGAGCAGAGGAGGAGGUUCUCGGAGAGGAUAAUGCACUCUGCGUGGACGCCAAUGGCCAUAUGGAGGACGAGGAGGAGUCUGAUGACGAUAGCGACGACCAGGACGACUCGAGAGAGGACGGAAGCAGUGACGAGGAGAGUGACGACGAAGAGGAGGACGAGGAGGUUGUGGAUAGUCCACUGGUUAACUAUGUAGAGGCACUCUCUGCCCCAGAAGAAGAUCUCUGGCCAAGUCAGUUGCAGAUGACUGCCAUGGACUUGGAAAUUGCUGAGGAGAAGCCGAUGGCGCCAUCCGCUCACUCCACGCCGAAUCAUCGGCAGAAGUCGCUGUCCCAGCAGGAGGUUGAUAGCGAACCGGAGCAAGAGCAGGAAGGAGAGGAGAGUCUGAAGAGACCGGAUCUGGAUCAGAAGAAAGAGCUGAGAACGAGGUGCAGCUUGAAUUGGAUACGGGAGCAGAUGAAUGUCGAAACCGUGGAGAUCUUUACCGAGGAAGUUGUCAGAGCAGAGUCGGCGACAAUGGAGAUUGAAAUACACACGGAGGAGGUAGUGACCUUCAGCAGGCAUGCUAUGGAGCCCCAACUUGAUUCUAAGGCAGCUAAGCAGCAUAAGGAUGCAGCUAUUAAGGAGCCGGAGGCACUCAAGGAGCAGGAUAAAGUAGUCAAAGGGCAGGAAGAAACCUACCAGAAGCAGAAAGAAGAGCUUAAGCAGCCAAAAGCAAAGGAGGAAUCCAAUGAGAUGCAGGAAGCACCAAAAGUUGAUCAUAAAGAAGUCUCGACGAAGCAACGGGUAAUGGUCAAGGAGCCGGAAGAACCUAAGGGCCUUCGAAAGGCAUCAAAGGAAUUGCGGGACCCAUCCAAGGAGCGAAAAACUUCAAAGGAGCGAGAGGCCUCCAAGGAUCAGUGGGAGGCCUCCAAGGAACAUCGGAAAGAAUCCAAGGACCAGCGGAAGGCAUCUAAGGAACGGAAGGCAUCCAAGGAACGGAAGGCGCCCAAGGAUCAGCAGCACACAUCAGCCAAGGAGCAAGAAGAAACAGUCAAGGAUCAUCAGAAGGCUCAAAAGGAGAAGCAAAAAGUUUCCAUGGACUUGAAGUCUUCGCAGAAGCUGCUACCUCAGGAGACUCCUAAGGAAGUGGCGCUCAAAGCGUUGGCGCUCAAGGCGGUUGCUCCCAAGACACUGGCUGCCACACCGAAUGCCCUGCCUCCUGUCUCCGCUUCCACCCUGCCCAAAGCCAAUUCAGCGGCCGUUGUGGCGUCUCCCAAGGUUACAGGGGCAGCUAUAAAUGCAUCCUCUCCCGUUAAAAAUAUGACGAACUUGUCGAACUAUCAGUCCACCAAAACACAAACCGAGCCGGUGAAGAAGCAUCGUCUGCAGGUCAAGAUCCGACAGCAUGGCAUGUUUAUUGAAAAGAAGACCAGUAGUAGCUCCUCCUCUUCCUCUUCGCCAGCGAAAUCAGCUUUGGCCAUCAUCAACGAUCAUCGCGAGGACCAAGAGCUGCAGGAACCGCAGGUGAAGAUCAAGAAGUUGACGUUGCUAAAUGAUAAAGCUGUGUCCCGUGACCAGGAUCAAGACACGGACCCCGACACCGAGGAGACCAUUGAGGAGCGCGGAGAGAGAUUGCGCCUGCGGCUGCUGGAACAUCUAAACAAGGAGCAACGCCGCCAGAGUCAAAGCAUGAAGCAGAAGCCAAGCAAGGAGAGCGCCACAACAAAUCUGAUCUUUCCGCCCACAGCACCACCCACAAUCACACCUGCUCCGACGCCCACGACAACGCCUUCGUCGACGCCAACAUCUACGCCCCAGCCAACACCCACAUCCUCAUCCAGUCAGAGCCGAUUGCCAGUCCUUCGACCAACUCCACUGACCCCGCAAUCCAUGAGCAGCGUGAGCAGCAGUAAUUCCUCAUCGGCACCAACCAGAAAGGAGACGGUUGUGACCAACAACAACUCUGCCCCGCAUACGUACAGCAAAGCCACGGCAAGAUCGGGCAGGUCCAAGUCCCGUUUCCGUACUGCCACCUUUCCGUACACGACCCGCUCGUGGGAGGAUCAGGAGUUCCACUGCGAUAACGAGUUCUUCUUGGAAGAGGCCGACGAGCUGUUAGCGGACAAUCCCAGCCUGGAGAUACCCAAAUGGCGCGAUGUGCCCGUUACGCCCAGUUCGGAUAAACGAAAGACGGAACCGCUGAGCGAUGCGGACUUCGAGCGUCGUCAUAGCAAGUAUGUGAAAGACGAGAUUGAUCGCAAGUGCCGGGAUGCGCGCUACAUGAAGGAACAGGUGCGGAUCGAGACCCUUCGCAUGCGCCACAACCAGGACGAAGUGCUUGUCUCGCUGGAUCCGCUGCCCACGUCCACAUUCUACCCGCUGCCAGAGGACAUCGAGGGCAUUCAGUUCGUCACCGAGGUACCGGUACAGGCCUUUGGCGAGAAUAUGGUCAACAUGGAGGCACGUGACGACUUUAGCCUGCCUUGGAUCGAUGCUCGUCAAGCGUUAACCUCCAUUGCCAAGUCGAAGGCGCAGGCAGCGCCGGUGGCAACGUUGGCCAGCAAAAAGCUACCCACCACGCCGGCAGAGGCCAGGCAUCAGGAGAAGAACUCCUCGUACGUGUUCCUUAAGCGGCGCAAGCGUCCGAGGCGCCGUUAGCCGCCAAAUGGUACAAUCAGGGGGAACGUCUCCUUCUAUGGGAGCUGAGUUGACGGAUUGCAGGACGGAGGACUACGUUGUGUUUUUUCUAUUGCUUCUUUUUAGGCAAGUGACUAUUGCUUGCGAAAUAUUUAAAAGAGUGAAGGCCCCCAGAGUUAACGAUAAAGCCAUUCUAGGAAUCAUUGUCAAUCCAGGCCAGGUGAUGUCAAGUUUAUAUACAUAUAUAUAUGUAUAGAUCAUCCAAAACAGUGCAAUUCAAUUAAGGUGCAAUAGUGAUUAAUGAUCAUAUUAUUUUCAUUUGGUAACUAGAGCUUGUGUUUUUAAAUUCCAUAGAAGUCGCUUUCUUUACUUCAAAUUGUUUUGUUUAUUUUUUUCGUGCAUUGCUCCGUCUGAACUUUUGUUUUCAUCAGAAUUAAGCUUAAAGUAAAUGUAAUUGUUUGUAAUGACCAAGGAAUUAGCUUUCUUUUUGUCUAGAGUUUUAAGUUCAAAUCUAUUAACUUAAAUCGGCUUAUACCUUUGUUUUUAUUUUUCACUUUUCUUUAAGGAACCCUAUAGAAAAUUGCAAGUGACAAACCUAGAAUUAUCUAAAGAUUACCAAACGCACCUAAGCUGAGAGAGUUGUCCUUGAUAUCCGUCGCCUGACCUGGCAUUGAGAUUGAGUUUUCAAAUUUAGUUGGCUAUCAAAGGGAAAGUUCUAAAUUGUUUCCCAUUUCAGCUUGUUAAUCAUUAAAAACUGUAAACAAAACCAGUUGCUAAGUUAGAUCGGUUAAUCCAACAUCUCAGCUUUAUCUGCUUUAUCAAAUUUAAGAUCGAUUGGCCGCACUGAAGUGAUAAACAAAACCCAGAAAGGAUAUAUAAUAACGGGCUGUUCCUUUGGCCUAACAAAAUGAAAUUCGUAGACUUUUAUUUUUAAAUCUUUUUUUUCUAGCUUGUAUUAAACAUAUAUUUUUUUGUCUUUAUUUAUACUAUGUUAUUGUCGUUCGUGCCGAGACGUCCUAAGCCCCCAGGCGACGACGCGUGUGUUACUCUCAGGUAUAAAUCUCUGAUGAUAUAUUUUUCUUUUUUUUUUUUUGAGCUUUUGUGUGUAAAAAUUGUGUGUGCGAGUGAGUUCAGUCGCUUGUUGUGGGCCUAGAGGCGUCGGGAUUUUUUAAAUGUAUAUUUAACAUAUUGUUUUAUUUCAUUGACUUCUUUUAAACCCUGUUUCAUUUUGUACCAAAAAAAAAGGAAAGAAAGAAGCGAAGAAACAGUCGUAACCAGAAUUACAAAAUAAAUAAACUUGAUUCCCAAGCUGUAAA